AUGAGAUUGUCACUAGGUGAAAACAACAACAUACAAGAACUAAAAAAUUUUGCAGAAUGGCUACUCAAAAUUGGUGAUGGUUUGGCUGGUGAUACAACAGAUGGUGAAUCGAUCGUUCAUAUACCAUCUGACAUUUUGAUUAAGAACUCUGAGACAGCUUUGGAUAACCUCAUUGAUUUCGAUAGAGUAAUUCUUGCACCAACUUUAGAUUGUGUCACUGAUGUCAACAACAAGAUGACUGCAGGGUUACCUGGACAAGAAAGAGUCUACUUAAGUUCAGACUCUGUGUGUGCUGAAGAGGGAAAUAUGGAAUUUGAGUUAAAUGCUUUCUCGCCGGAGAUUCUAAAUGGAAUAAAUUGUUCAGGUUUACCACCACACAAGUUGGUUCUGAAGGUUGGCGCUCCUAUUAUGUUGCUGCGGAAUAUAGACCAAACUAAUGGUUUGUGCAAUGGAACGAGGAUGCAAGUUAGAAGAAUGGAAAAUUAUGUGAUAAAAUGCAAGACUUUAACUGGUAACAAAGCUGGAAGCAUUGUUCUUAUCCCAAGACUGAAUCUAAUUCCAAAUAAUGAAACAUUGCCGGUCAGGUAUUAA